AGCCGUUCUUGUUGCAGUCUGCCCCGAGCAGCCCAACAAUACGGACGCGCCUUUCGCGGAAACUUCCACCCCAAAAAAACUUACAAUAUCUUCAUCAUCAGCCUCUAUCGACAAUUCUUCUAUUGCAUACUGAACUUGCUGUUGUUAAAGGGAUGUCGUCGUGCCGUGUGGCGGCGAGCGUGCUCGCGCUCGCGGCUGUGACCUGCGCAUUGCCACUCACCGCGUACGCGCUUGACCUUAACCGGCUCUACGGGCACACCCACAAUAAACGAUCUGAAUAUUGCCACCCGUAUGAGCCGUUCAAGUGCCCGGUGGAUGGAAAUUGCAUCUCCAUCCAAUAUCUCUGUGACGGCGCUCCGGAUUGUAUCGACGGUUACGAUGAAGACUCCAAGCUGUGCACUGCAGCUAAAAGGCCCCCCGUAGAAGAAACUGCAUCUUUCCUUCAGUCACUGCUGGCUUCUCACGGCCCUAACUAUUUGGAGAAGCUCUUCGGAAGCAAAGCAAGAGAUGCAUUGGAGCCGCUGGGUGGCGUUGAGAAAGUUGCUAUUGCUCUUUCAGAGUCCCAAACCAUCGAAGAUUUCGGCGCAGCUCUUCACCUGAUGAGGUCUGACCUGGAACAUCUCCGCUCUGUCUUCAUGGCGGUCGAGAAUGGCGAUCUUGGAAUGCUCAAGUCCUUGGGCAUCAAAGACUCUGAGCUCGGAGACGUCAAGUUUUUCCUGGAGAAGUUGGUCAACACUGGUUUCCUCGACUGAAUAGCACCGGAGUCAGCCUCUGAUUAUUAUCACGUCGUCCAAUUCGCACCUAUCAGCUCCUCCUUCUACAGUUACCUUCCUUACGACUCCAUUAAAUACAGGAGAAAGUAAAACUUCCCAAAUUAUCCUAAUUAUUUAAACUUCCCUUGAGUGAUUGGUGCGAUUUGCAUUUAUUUUUCCGGAUGGACGUGAGAAGUAACUUGUUGGUUAUCAGAUUGACAUCUACAACCGGCCACAAAGACUCAACCUGAUACGUACUAACGACACACUUCUUAACACAAAUUUCUAUUUCCUGACAAUCACUACGUAUUUUUGAAGAGUAUACUUUAAUUACGUACUUACUUUUAUUGGUUUCCUGAUUAUAUAUUAAAAUUGAAUACUUUUAAAAAGUCGGGGAAGAUACUCGCGUCCUUGUCACGCGAAGUGCGGAACUAAAAAGGAUAAUUCUAAAGAGCAUAAGACUGUGAUUUAAUAUUGUCUCACUUAUCGAAAGUCGAAGGCGUUUCGCAAUUCGUCGUGAUAACCCGAACCAUUGUAACUUCGAAUAUUUUGUGCUGUGUGAUUGCUCUUUCGUAUAGGUAAAUGUCGUCCGUAACUUUAACUCUCGUAAAUGUAUUUUUAUUUUUACCCUUCUUGUCAGAGGCGACUCCACUAACGUCUGUGUCCAUUCUAAGCGAGAUAUAAAGCUAAACGUCGGUUGAUUUCGUUCGAUAUUGAAAAAUUGUAGAAUAUAAUAAAAUAUUAUAAAAUCGUUAAAAGAAUGUAUGCGCUUUAUAUCUGGCUUUUGGAAAAAUCCAGAAUAGGACCAUGGAUACAUUUAUGGUAACCAUAGCUGUAGGGUAUAAUACAUAUCAUAGUUUGUAACCUAUAAUUAUAAUAUUACCUAUUUUAAUAUGAUCGGUAUUGUAGUGUUUAUGAAACAUUUUAUAGGCCCUUUUAGUCGGAUCUUUGACAUUUUAAAUUAUGUAUCAAAAUUAAAGGCAUGCUAAACGGUGCUGCACUUGACCCAAAAACAUAUCAAAAUCAUGUGAUUAAUAAAGAUAGAUUACGAUGUAUGUUACUUAUUAUAUUAUUAUUAUUAUAAUCUUAGUCGUAGUUGAAAGGAAUUAAGAUCAUGUUAUUAAAAUAUAUUCAUUUCUAAAAUAUAUUAAUAAACUUUUAAGAAGUUAUUUUACAAAAUAUUAUCUAUCGAUAUUAACCUUGUAUAUUAUAAAACUUUUGUCAAAUGCGGGCUAAUAUACAACGAAUUACUUACAUAAGUACCUAAUACGGCGUGACAUCGUAAGUGUUAAUUUUGUCAAGAUGAUACAUCGGGUACCUACACGAUUCAAAAGUUAUACGAUCUAAAAGGCUUUGGAAGGGGCUCGAUUAUUGUACGGCUAGGGGUAAGCAUAUAUUUGAAACUUAGGGAAUGGGCGUGUAUUUGUCAAAACUGGAUAAGGAGUGGGCCUGUAUUUGCCAGAAGUUGUAUGAGUCAGCACACUUCUAAUCUAUCGCCAACCCUUGGAAUCUCAAAGUGUACCUGUAGAAGGACUCAAUUUUCACUCUUACUAACUUUUAUGCUAUUACAUAGCCUAGACAAAAUAGUUGUACCCAAUAUAGUUAAAUAAGUACUUUUACCAAUAUUGUAGUAUAUAAAGUUUUACGAUUCACGGCAAAUUGUAAGUUUAACUUGCGUCAGACAUGUUUCGAUUAGGUCUAUCUAUCCAGAAGACUAUCUUGAGCUCUUUUAAGCGAUACUGUAUUUUAAACUUAAUGUAAAUGGCUUAUUGUUCUUAAUGACAAGU